AGCAGACGCUGACAGCAGUAGUGUCUCCUACCAAGCAAAGAGCUUCUCAGAGUCAGCCUGGCGUUGCCCCCUCCGGGAUCGCCUGGCCCCUGUGCGGAUAUAUUCUCCCUCUUUGCACCUCACUUUUUUCGUCUUCCAUAAGUUUUUGCGGAAAUCCUUUGGGUGCGUUUUCUACUUUAAGCCACCUGGUCUGCCUAAGUCCUGAGUCCCCGGGGCAUGUCGCUUGCACAGGACCUGGGAGUUUGAGCAAUUGCAGCUGCGAGAUCGUUUAUGGAGCUUGGGGCGGGGGCCGAGCCGGCGAUUGUGCCCCGUGCCCGCCUCCUAGGCCAUGCUGCUCCAUCGGUGUGCGGAGCGGUGGCCGCCGGGCCUCCAGGACUAAGCUGGGAGCCGCGGGAGGAGGAGUCGCCGGCGGUGGAGCCGGACGCAGAGCCUCAGCGGCGGGCGGCGCGGCAGACCCAGUACUAUGGCUGUGUACUGCUAUGCCCUCAAUAGCCUGGUGAUCAUGAACAGCACCAACGAGCUCAAGAGUGGCGGUCCCCGGCCCAGCGGCAGCGACACACCUCAGCACUCCGGGAGGGCCGCACUGAGCCCUGGCAGCGUCUUCAGCCCUGGGAGAGGUGCCUCCUUCCUCUUCCCCCCAGCGGAGUCACUGCCGCUGGAGGAGCCCCCGAGUCCUGGGGGUUGGCGCAGCGGCCGGCGUAGGCUGAAUAGUAGCAGCGGCAGCGGCAGUGGCAGCAGCAGCGGUAGCAGUAGCAGCAGUGGCGUGGGCAGUCCGAGUUGGGCUGGCCGCCUGCGAGGGGACGCGCAGCAGGUGGUAGCGGCCCGUACCCUCUCCCCACCCGGGCCAGAGGAGGCCCAAAGGAAGCUGCGGAUUCUGCAGCGCGAAUUGCAAAAUGUGCAGGUGAACCAGAAAGUGGGCAUGUUCGAGGCGCAAAUCCAGGCACAGAACUCUGCCAUCCAAGCGCCCCGAAGCCCGCGUUUGGGAAGGGCUCGUUCGCCCUCCCCGUGUCCCUUCCGAAGCAGCAGCCAGCCCCCUGGAAGGGUCUUGGCCCAGUGCGCCCCAAUUGAGGAACGGAGGACAAAGUCCUGGGGAGAGCAAUGUACAGAGACCCCAGACGCCAACUCCGGGAGAAGAAGCAGGCUCAGCCUACACCCCUCGAAGGACAAGGAGGGAGUGGCCCCUCUUUUAGUCCCCGCCAGCCCGACCAGGUUAGGGACUCAGAGUCCAUCAGCUUCAUUGAGGAUGGAAAGAGGCACCUCGGCCAGUCCCCUGGCCAGUCCCCGCUGUGGCUCACCCACAGCUAUGGAAAUUGACAAGAGGGUCGCUCCCUCACCCGAGCACGUUGGAACUAGCUUAGUAUUGGCCACUAAAGUGGCAACUUCAGCCGCAUCUGCUGGACCACACCCUGGACAUGAUUCUGCCCUCACAGAGGCAGCCUGUGAGCUGGGGGGUGUGUGCCCCAAGGAGGCCCAGAUGGAAAGACGGGGGCAGUUUCUGGGCAGGGAGACAGACUCAGUCCCAGAGCCUGGCCGGACCCACAUUAGAGAACCCCCUGGGAGGGUAGGGAGAGAAACUCAUCCUGCUGGUAGUCAAGGUUCCUGGACACCUGAAGUCUUCAAAAGGCAGGAAGAGAGGACUGUGAAUGCCCAAAGGUCAGGGGCGUUGAACGACCCGAGAUCGUCUAGACUGCCAGGAGACCUGGGUUCCGUAGGUCCUGAGGAGGUAGGAAAUAGGAACCCAGGGAUCCGAGGACCCGAGCAGACCCUGGAUCUUGUAAGAGAAGGUUUGCUUGGGGGCAGCCAGGCAACACAUCGACCAGGGACCAGGGACGUGGAGGCAGGAACUCUUUGUGACGGAAUGCUGGAACCUUUACCACCCGGAGAAGUGGCAACAGAUUUGAAAGAACCCCAGUGCCUCCCUGGGAACAGGAUGGGUAUGCAGCCUGAGAGUUUCAGGGUUUGGCAGAGUGCCAUGGAGGAAGCUCCCCUGAUCUGGACGUGUGACACAGGGGUACAGUUGGUGGAAACUUGGGGAAGUCAGAUGCAUGACACAGAUGCUCACCCUAGCUGCCAAGAGAUGCCCCCAGAUCAGGACAAGGCCUCCUGUAAAGAGGCCUGCAGCCCCAGCAGCGUGCAAACCAUUCCCGCAGUCAUCAUCACAGACAUGGGGGCUCAGGAGGAUGGGGGCUUAGACGAGAUCCAAGGAAGCCCACGGGGUCCCCUGCCUCUGAGGAAGCUGUCUUCUUCCUCGGCAUCCUCCACCGGCUUCUCCUCUUCCUAUGAGGACUCAGAGGAGGACAUCUCCAGUGACCCUGAGCGGACGCUGGACCCCAACUCAGCCUUUUUGCAUACCCUCGACCAGCAGAAGCCCAGAGUGAGCAAGUCAUGGAGGAAGAUAAAGAAUAUGGUGCAGUGGUCCCCCUUCGUCAUGUCCUUCAAGAAGAAGUACCCCUGGAUCCAGCUGGCAGGACAUGCAGGGAGCUUCAAGGCAGCUGCCAAUGGCCGCAUCCUAAAGAAGCAUUGUGAGUCUGAGCAGCGAUGCCUGGACCGGCUGAUGGCUGACGUGCUGAGACCCUUCGUGCCGGCCUACCAUGGGGACGUGGUGAAGGAUGGGGAGCGCUACAACCAGAUGGAUGACCUGCUGGCUGACUUCGAUUCGCCCUGCGUGAUGGACUGCAAGAUGGGCAUCAGGACAUACCUGGAGGAAGAACUCACCAAGGCCCGGAAGAAGCCUAGCUUGCGGAAGGACAUGUAUCAGAAGAUGGUUGAGGUGGACCCUGAGGCCCCCACUGAGGAGGAGAAAGCCCAGCGGGCUGUGACCAAGCCACGUUACAUGCAGUGGCGAGAGACUAUCAGUUCCACGGCUACCCUGGGCUUUAGGAUCGAGGGCAUUAAGAAGGAAGAUGGCUCCGUGAACCGUGACUUCAAGAAGACCAAAACAAGGGAGCAGGUCACCGAGGCCUUCAGAGAAUUCACUAAAGGAAACCAGAACAUCCUGAUUGCCUACCGGGACCGGCUGAAGGCCAUUCGAGAAACCCUGGAAGUCUCUCCCUUCUUCAAGUGCCAUGAGGUCAUUGGCAGCUCACUCCUCUUCAUCCACGACAAGAAGGAGCAAGCCAAGGUGUGGAUGAUCGACUUUGGGAAAACCACACCUCUGCCGGAAGGCCAGACCCUGCGGCACGACGUCCCCUGGCAGGAGGGGAACCGGGAGGAUGGCUACCUCUCAGGGCUGAACAACCUCAUUGACAUCCUGACAGAAAUGUCCCAGGGUAGCCCCCUCACCUGAGGCCACCGCCACCUUGCCUGCCACCUCUGCCUCUCCCACCUCCCUUGCUUUCCCUAACUCUGUCUCCAUUCCUCUCUGAGCGCCCACCUAAGAACAGAGCCUCCCAUCUGCACUACAGGACACUUAGGGAAGAAAAGAGAUUCUCUAGGUCUCUUUUUCCUUCCUACGCAAGGGCCCGGAGGUGGCGUUUCUAAUUCUAAGUAGAACUACCUUCUGGAAGAGAAUUACCCAAAGCUAGGCCCCCACAUCCUGUACAGCCCAUUGUACUCAGGGCCCGCAUGGGUCUAAGAGGCUGCUGAGGGACUUGAGAGAUUGAGCCUCCCUCUGGGAGACCACCAGAAAGUUCAGGCCCAGACUUGCUACCUGUAAAGCCCUGCUGCCCCCUGGUGGCUGGUGCCAUCGGUCUAUACAACCCCUUUGGUGCCUCCCACCAUGGGCCCUGAAGCCAGGCCAAAGCCCUGACUUCUGGGAGCUGGGAACACAACCUCUAGGGAACCUGCAUGUGGCUGAUGAGCAAAGAAUCCGCCAAUGAGAGGCCCCAGCUUCCAAGAACACUGUGUGGCCUUUCUAGAGAUGCUAAACCAGGACCCCACCUUGCUGGUGUUAAACCUUGGAAUUCAGGCCAGGCAGGAACUGGGAGUAUGGGGAGCUGCUUUCGACUGUUUCUAAAGACCUUUGCUCCUCCAUCUGGAACCAUUGCCUGUGAAUUCAGAGGGGUCAUUCUGCAAAGAUGAGCUUCCAGGGACAAUGUCACCUUCUAGAACCACUGCUUAAUGUCCCUAGAUCUGCCCUGUGUGGAUAGGUCCAGAGCUGGGGUAGACUACUCAAGGCCCAUACCCACCUCCAGGGAUCUACAGCAGCCCUGAGAGCCUGCCAUACCUGGGAGAGGAGACUGCCCUCUUGUCCCUCCAAAUCCUCGGUAGCCGGGUACCUCUGCUUCUGUACCCGAGUCCCUCCAUGGGGAAACGUCUAACAGUUCGGGCAGUACCAGGCCUUAGGGAGGCAGGAUUUGGACUCCUGGAAUGAUUUCUAAAUUUUCCUUGAAAUCGCUUGUUCUUCCAGCUUGAAGGGCUUAGGCCAGUGUUUCUCCACUCAUGUGUGUAGUUCCCAGGGCUCACAGGGGUGCCCACGGCUGUGCCAAGCCUUCUCCUUCCUGGAGUCCUGAGCUGCUUGAAGGGCCAUGGGGUACCAUUCUUAAUCACCACUUCAACUGUGAAGCGGGGGACCUGGCUGGCUGAAAAGAGUGUAUUGUGCGGACUGUGUGACUUCAAAGACCACACACCCAGAUGUUGCCAUUUGGAGCUACCCUCUGCUCCGCUGGGCUUGUCACCUCCUCUUCUACUGAGAAACCCUGGGUCACAUGGACAGAUGCUCUUCUGGGUACCAGGCCAGCAGACGCUGUUUGGGAAAUGGGGUAGGCCAAUGUGUACACACCUAGCAAGGUAGUUUGGGCAGAGGUGGCCACCUUGGCCGCCUACCCUAGUUCCCUGGGGUUUCUAGAAGAACUGUUGGCCCAUGUGACACGUGUGUUUCCCCUUUCAUGCUGGUGGGUGAGUGACAG